AGGGUCGUCCGCAGGGCGGCCGGGUGGGGGUCGGAGUCCAUGGAGGGUCGCAGUGUCACCCCCUUCUCCUGUGAACUCGGGGCACGGGGUUCCGGGGGAAGGGUGGGAGGAGUUACAUUGUUGGAGGGGGUGGAGGUCGUGUGGACGCCACGCCCCUACAGGAAGGAAAGGAGAGAGUGUGUGUCUGUGUGGGGAUGUGUGUUUAGGAAUAAACUUGGAGGGGAUGGGGCGACAUCCGGGCUGAGAAAUAGGAACACUGUGGGGCUGCUGCAAGCAGGACUUGGGCCUUAAACAUUCCAGGAGAGUGUUCUCGGGAGUAGCCCCGGGAAGGACUUUAACAGAGGUUGGGAAUUAUAUCUCUGGCACAGUUUUGCAAGCGGAGGGGGAGCUUAGUUGAAGGAAAAGGAGCAAAGAAUGCAUGUAGAAGAUGCCAACGUCUCGGUCUGGAAAGGAUUCAUUAGUUUAGUUGAAGAGGGCUGGUGGAUUAAAACACUUAGCACCCUAAGAAGCUGGGGAGAUUCGAUUAUUAUGUUGGGCUUUAGACAGGCGGGCAGAAGAAAGGGCAUUCUCUUCUCGAUUUCUUAGAAGACAGUCUCCGGUUACUUUUCUGUGGCGAGAAUGGGUACGACCCAUCUUUUAUCCUGAAUCGCGUAUAUGUUUGUACAUAUAUAAUGUUUAUAUUACAUGUGUUUGUAUAUAAACACACUAUUGAGGUGACUGUGUUCUGGCGUGCGAUACGUGAGUUAAGUAGGUGCUUUGUAUAACCUUGCGGAGUGUUUAAAGUUUUUUGAUGAUAGAAUCUAGUAUGCACUCUUAGGUGGGGAGUGGAAACUAGAAGGUUUUAGGACUCUCUUUGGGUAUGUGCUAGAUUAGAGAGUGUUAUAAUGUUUAAAUGUUCUGCAGGUUAACACGAAAAUCUGCCACCUGGGCCAUGCCGCUUCUAAGGCCUGUUUCUUAUGAGCCUCCGCAGAAGACAGAUGGGCCAGUUCUUACAGUGGAUAACUUCCCCUGCCUGAGCAAGAGAUGGGAUAGUAUCUGGGAUCUGCCCAUCACCAGACUCUGAGCUUAAUAAGGCAGCUGAAUGAAGGGAGGUAACGGACCCCUGAGAGGGGCACUGAAGUCUGCAGUGGGGGGGGAGGGGCCUGGACACACCCCUUCCCCCCCAGACUCCUCCCUGUCAGGGUCAGCUCAGCCAUGGACUUUGGACCUGGAUAAGAAGAGAGAAGCUGCACUUUGGUGGAUCUGAUUUGGGAUUCUCAGUUUUGAAAAUGGAGUGCUGAAUGGGGGUUUGAUGAUCUCCUGGGGAGCAACUGAGACAAGAGGAAAGGUACUGCUGGCUGCAUAAUGAAUCACCCCAGAACUUAGUGGCUUACAGCAACAGAAUCAUUUCAUUAACGUCUCAGCUAUGUGGUUCUUGCUUGUGGUCUUUCACACGGUUGCAGUCAGAACCAAAGGGAGGGAGCACAGACCCUCCGCUCUGGAGCCAGGACUGUCUUUGUCACUUGUAAGAAGAGCGUAUGGAAUGGGAUAUGUGCGGUCAUCUUUGGAAAAUGUAACGCUUCACGCUCUUGCUGCUGCUUUGACCAUCUUUCCCCCCGGUUUCGCUAACAGUGUGAGCAGUCUUCCAUCUAGCCGCUUGAACCUCACGCAUGUGCCAAGCACUGUGACGGGCACAGAAGUCAGAGUCUUCUUUCCUAAGGAGGAAGGUGGGAGUCAGGUGCAUGGCUGCUUGCUAAUCCCAUAGUCCAGAGGAAGCAUCCCCAGGACUGCAGGCAAGGGAGCCGGGCAAGCCGCGGGCAGCCUUGAACCCUCCGCUUGCCUGCCCUCCCCGGUGGGGGCCAGGAUGCUGAAGAAGCAGUCUGCAGGGCUUGUGCUGUGGGGCGCUAUCCUCUUUGUGGCCUGGAAUGCCCUGCUGCUCCUUUUCUUCUGGACACGCCCAGCACCUGGCAGGCCACCCUCAGUCAGUGCUCUGAAUGACGACCCUGCCAGCCUCACGCGGGAAGUGAUUCGCCUGGCCCAAGACGCCGAGGUGGAGCUGGAGCGGCAGCGUGGGCUGCUGCAGCAGAUCGGGGAUGCCCUGUGGAGCCAGCGGGGGAGGGUGCCCACAGCGGGCCCUCCCGCCCAGCCGCACGUGCCUGUGACCCCAGCGCCAGCGGUGAUUCCCAUCCUGGUCAUCGCCUGUGACCGCAGCACUGUUCGGCGCUGCCUGGACAAGCUGCUGCACUACCGGCCCUCGGCUGAGCGCUUCCCCAUCAUCGUCAGCCAGGACUGUGGGCACGAGGAGACGGCGCAGGCCAUCGCCUCCUACGGCAGCGCGGUCACGCACAUCCGGCAGCCGGACCUGAGCAGCAUCGCGGUGCCGCCGGACCACCGCAAGUUCCAGGGCUACUACAAGAUCGCGCGGCACUACCGCUGGGCGCUGGGCCAGGUCUUCCACCGGUUUCGCUUCCCCGCGGCCGUGGUGGUGGAGGAUGACCUGGAGGUGGCCCCGGACUUCUUCGAGUACUUCCAGGCCACCUAUCCGCUGCUGAAGGCCGACCCCUCCCUCUGGUGCGUCUCGGCCUGGAAUGACAACGGCAAGGAGCAGAUGGUGGACUCCGGCAAGCCCGAGCUGCUCUACCGCACCGACUUCUUUCCCGGCCUGGGCUGGCUGCUGCUGGCCGAGCUCUGGGCCGAGCUGGAGCCCAAGUGGCCGAAGGCCUUCUGGGACGACUGGAUGCGCCGGCCGGAGCAGCGGAAGGGGCGGGCCUGCAUACGCCCCGAAAUCUCGAGAACGAUGACCUUUGGCCGCAAGGGUGUGAGCCACGGGCAGUUCUUUGACCAGCACCUCAAGUUCAUCAAGCUGAACCAGCAGUUUGUGCACUUCACCCAGCUGGACCUGUCCUACCUGCAGCGGGAGGCCUAUGACCGGGACUUCCUCGCCCGCGUCUACGCGGCUCCGCAGCUGCAGGUGGAGAAAGUGAGGACCAAUGAUCGCAAGGAGCUGGGGGAGGUGCGGGUGCAGUAUACCGGCAGGGACAGCUUCAAGGCCUUCGCCAAGGCUCUGGGUGUCAUGGAUGACCUUAAGUCGGGGGUUCCGAGAGCUGGUUACCGGGGUAUUGUCACCUUCCAGUUCCGGGGCCGCCGUGUCCACCUGGCGCCCCCGCCGACGUGGGAGGGCUACGAUCCUAGCUGGAAUUAGCCUGUCCUUCGUGGGCCCCUCCUUACCACAUCAUGAGCUGAGGUGGGACCACAGUCCCCAGGCUGCAUCGGCCUGCCUGUGUUUCCCUCUUAGGUGCAUUUAUCUUUUUGAUUUUUCCGAGUGGCAUUUAAGUGCACAAAUGAUAACGUGAGGAUGAUUCUCCCGUUCUCAAGGGAGUCAGAUCAGGGGAACUAUUCUAGGGUAUGUUGUGGGGUAUUAAGCAGGAAACCACUGUGUGGUAGGGGACACUGGGCUUGUUGAGGCCAGAAAUGUCCACGUCCUGAGUGUUCUCCUGGAGCAUGUGCGGAGGGUUUGGCAACGUUUGCCCUCUUGACCAGACCCUUCUCCCUGACGUGGCUUUUCCAGCCAGGGCAUGAGCCCUCCUUCUAUACCUGUUCCCUUUCCCCCAGUGGGGGCUGGGUUAUGGGAGAAGGGGACAUAUUUGUGGCCAAAAUGAUACUAACCAAAGGGGCUGCCUUGUCAGGGCCUGGUGGAGUUGGUGGGUCACUGGGGCUCACUGCCUCGUCCUUCUCUCCUGUCUCUGACCCCCACUCAGCCCUUCUCUCCCUGCAGCCUAGCAGUUUAUCAUUCUGAGAUGGAAAGUUGAAGGGGGCAAGCAAGACCUCUCCUCAGCCUAUGCCCAGCUGUCAGGGGAGAGGUGCAGGGAGGAAGGCCUUGUGCUGGGACAGCCGCUCUCUUGCCUUACCUCGGAGAGGGACUGUGCCCUGACCCCUCCUUUCUGAAAAUCAGUCCCCUCCCUGUUGCUCUAGGAGGCUCCUGCUGGCUUGGUAGAAGACAGAAUUCGAUCCGCGUGUCCCUUUUUCCUCUGGGGUUUGGCGCAUAGGCUCCUCCCUGCAGGCUGUGGCUCUGGUGGCCUCUCAGCAUGAGGUGGACCAGUGACCAGGACGCCUCUGGCCCAGUGCUGCCCAGCCUCCCUGCCCACUCCCAGGCGCCCCAUGUCCUCACAGGCCAGGAUGCCAUGGCAGGGUGGAGAGGACUUGGUGGAUUUUUGCUUCUUGCCUGACCUCAGUUUCAUGAAAGAAAGUGGAAGCUACAGAAUUAUUUUCUAAAAUAAAGUAAAGGCUGAAUUGUCUGAAAAAUA